AUGACAAGUCGUUUUGACAAGCAUCAACAGCUUGCUUUAUCUGGACUAGUCUUAAUUCCAUCAGUUUUAGUGAAAAGGUCAUUGGAUGAGGCUACAACUCAAAUAGUGGAUGUUGGUAAAAUGUACACUGAUGAUCUUCCUUUUCCUUCUUGUCUGCAUGGUGAAGCACACACAUGGCACCUUAAAUGGACUGAAGAAAACAGCCGUGGCAGUGCCUUUCUCCCAACCACACUGGAAACAACUUUGCCACAUGCCACUUCAAUGUUUCCAAACAUUACAGAACUACUACGUAUCCUCUGCACUUUACCAGUCACCUCCUGUAGUGCUGAACAAUCGUUUAGCGGGCUCAAAAGAAUCAAGACCGCUAUGAGAUCCAAAAUGGGGAAUGAUCGUCUCACGUCUAAUGCUCUUCUUCACUUGCACAGGGAUGUUUCAGUUGAGGUACCUACAGUCAUAAAUGAAUUCGCUAAGCUACAUCCGACAAGAUUGGAAGUUGGAAAUAUCCUGUCUGAUAACUGA